AUGAUUGUGUUCGACCGCCGCGUUCGAGACUACUUGACGAAAUAUAGGCCUUCGUUCUCCGGCUCAACACUUAACACUAAUCAUCCGCUGAGUCAUCCUGCUCAUUUAGGAGCCGCUGAAGCUGCCGUCACUCCGAAAAGUUAUAACUGCGUACGAUGUGGUGAGAUAAACUGUGUUCGAAUAGUACUUCGUCAAUGUGGCCAUGUCAGCUGCGUAGCAUGUAUAUUAGACCAUCUAAAGUUUUGGAUAAGAGACAAAUCAAAAGCACGGAUAAAAUGUGUGGGAUUAACUUGCCCAACGAGGAUACAUGAAAAUGAUAUAAAUGCUGUGCUAGACGAGCAGGAAGAUGGCCUGAAUCUAUACAUGACAUUGGAUCAUCGUCAGUGGCUACAGUAUUAUCAUAAUAAGGACAAUAUCUACUAUGCACUUGGCGGAAAUGACAUGGUUAAACAAUGCCCACUGUGCAAGUCAAUGUACACGGAAAAAUUUGGCUGUAGCUAUGUGACUUGCGCCAAUUUACGCUGUAGAACAAGAUUUUGUUGGCAAUGUGGGGACCCCAUAGAAAGCAUCACGCAUUUUGCAGGUCAGACUUGUCGCGUUGGCUAUGAUGAUAUUGAACGUGGUCUAUUUUGGGUAAAUCUGGCCAUAAGUUUGCGAGCUUUUGCUUUGGCUAUCUAUUCUCCAGUGUUCUUCCUUGCUUGUUUCAUUGGAAUCCCAUUAUUUAUCUUCUUCGCAUUUCCUACGUUUCUGGCACAAAGAGUGUACAACAAAGCCACGGAAAAGUCGGAUUUUCUGACAUUUCAGGAAUGGAUUUUGGUCGCUUUCAAGAUGGCUUCUAUAGCAUUAGUUGGAAUCCCAGUUGGACUUUUCCUUGCCCUUGGUUCACUGGCGACAGCGGCAGUGAUUUUUUCUAUUUACGUCGGCUUUCUAGUAUUGAAAUUUACCCCAGCUGGAAGGAUGAUAGAGGAAGGAUAUGAUAUGUUGCUGCCACUAGCUUCUAAAGCAGGACUCGGUCCUUUCAAGCAAAUGCUAAAAGAUGGAAAGGAGGCAAAGCGACGGCAGAAACAAUUACUCAAAGAGCAAGCAGAGGCGGAAGCCAGUGAACGAGCCGAAAUUGUUGAAGCUCCGGGAGCAAAACCCAAAGAAUCAACAGAAGUAAAGGAAUCAGGAACGGCGACGGGUACUGAAAGUGGAGCUACAUAGUUAUCAUACUCGCUACAAGAAUAUGAAAGAUUGAAC